AUGCUGCGCCAGGCCAUUCAAGGAGCCCGAUGGUGUCAGCAUGUGGCUCGCAGCCCAUCGUGCGCUCCACGCCGGGCCUUCUCCGCCGCAGCUUCGCGGCAUCUGAAUUAUGGCGGACCAAACGACAAAGUCACUUUUUACGAACAGGAAUCAUUUCGAAGCAAAACACGACGAAAAGUAAAUCCCGAAGCCGAAGAAUUUGGGAAUCGAGACCAAGUCGAACAGGAGCUUGUGAAGCUUCAGGAUGAGCUAAAAGUUUUGGAAGAAGGGCCUUUUGGCCCCAACAGCGAGUUCAUCACCAGUUUGCCGGACGCGGAAAGAAAAACCGCAUUGGAAGCUCUACGAAAGUAUGACGAGGAACACCCCGAGGAAGCCAACCAGCCUGGCCUAGAGCAGGUUUUCGAUCAGGAGCUUGACGACAUGGUGCGGCAAGAAUUUGAGGGCCUCGCAAUGGAACAAGAGAACUGGGAGGACGGAGCUACGCGACGGCGUAGCCUGGCAGCUAGAAGAUCUGUUGCUGCAAAGCGUGCCGGGGCAGACACUCACCCAUACGCUGUCAAGUUCAACAAUUCUCUACGACAAUUCCAAGGAAACAUGGCAGACGAGCGGGCUCGACAAGAAUUGUGGAAGUGGUAUCGAAGAUGCAAGCAAGUGAUUCCGCACUUUUUGACCAUCAUGCCCACGGAUGCAAUGGAAGCUGUAUGGAACUCGCAAGCUACCGGAGAGAUUGAACAAACCACACGUUCAACACAUUUGCGAGUUUUGGUUCAGGACGCUACAUCUCUCGGCCAGCCUCUCACAACUCCUCAAAUUUUGUCUUAUAUCACGUCUUUACAUGAAGACGGCGCCACAAACCUUGCAUUAGAACAAUGGGAAGCAUACCAAAAAGAGCUUUCCCAGGAGAAAGAGGACCUGGAGGAAUACUGGAAACUUGGAGUGCGACUAUUCGCUGCGGAGAGCAAUCCACAACGAGCCCAGGAUAUCGCGUUGGCCUUUUUGGCAAAUGAUCGAAACCGCCAGCCGCGUGUGCUUAUCCCAAUUAUUAUAGCAUGGGGCAGACUCCCUGGAAAAGAAGCGGAAGUGAAAGCCUGGGCGCUUUAUCUACAGCUCAAGACAUUCUUGGGAACAGAGAUGACUAUGGACGACUAUGACCAAGUCAGCAUUGGUCUUCUCACGGCCGGUCGAUUGGAUACAGCGGUUGCAAUCUUCAAGGAUAUGAUGGUCACCGGGCAAGACCCAAGCAAUGAUUCAACCGCAUUAUACAAAUCUGCUCUUGGUCUAGCAGGUAAUCUCCAUGCAUCAAGCAUCAAUGAGAACGAUGUGAACAAAGUAUCGUUGUCUGUACUCAAGGUACUGCCUCGCCGCUUCCAAAACAGGUUCUUCUAUGCCAGUUGGAUGAAGAAGCUUAUUGGUAUGGGCGAUGUUGAUUCUGCUGCCCUUGUCAUUGAACUCAUGUAUGAGCGAGGCGUCAAACCUGACAGCAAACAUUUGAACGGACUUAUUGCGGGCUGGCUCCGCGAAGGAAACCAAAGCGCACGCAAUAAGGCAGAGCGACUCGCCUGGUCCAUGAUCCAAACACGUAUCAACACGGUAUGGGAACGUUUCCAGCCAGAGUACAAUUCUCCACAGCUUCAGGUCAAGCUUGAACAAGUAGAGGACACCCGCCUUCCUCGAUUCAUGCAGAGAGCAAUCCCACCUGCCAGUAUCGAGACAUUCUCCAUUCUCCUUUUACAUUACACUCGCCGCGGUGAUGAUGACAUGGUCAAAUAUCUGGUCAAGUGUCUUGGCGAUGCACACAUCAGACCAAAUUCCUAUUUCAUGAAUCAUCUCCUGUACGCAGAGCUCCGCAAGCAAGAUGUCAAGUCUCUCUGGUCCAAGUUCCAAACCAUGUCAGCCGCCAUUCGGCCAGAUCUAGAGACAUAUGCUUGCCUUUGGGAUUGUGCUAAGCUUCAGUACGAUCGCGGACGGACUGCCUUUGACAAAGACUUCCCAUCAGCACGACAACUAUAUGCCAAUAUGAUGUCUUGGUACUCGCAAUUGUCUCCUCACGCCCAGAAAUUUGCCCAGACCCAGAUGCCUAAGGCUUUGUAUGAUCAAAUUGUGCGAUGUUUCUGUCUCUCCAAAGAUGUCCCUGGCACACUUGUCGCCCUCCACUCAAUGCGGUCUAUCUUCGGAUUCACGCCAGACGAAACUACGGCACGCAUGAUUGUUCUGCAAAUCGCCCGGAUGGCGGCUGUCCCGGUCGACACACCGAAACGACGUCUCCGCCGCAUGUCUUCCACCCCACGAAGCAAAGAGAAUAUCAGCCAGGUCACUCGCCUGUUGGAACUGCUAGGUGAGCGCCAGGCUGAGGCUUUACGAGUACAAGGCUUGAGUCUGGAUGAGCUGGAUCCACACGAGAAAGAACAGCACCAGAUUGAAGUCAUCGCUAGUCUACUUCGCAUCGUGUUGAGUCGAAAGGAUAACCUGGCCCCAUUGCAAGUUGAAGAAAGACUUGCGAAAGCGGCAAGGGAGAUGAACGCUGCGCAAACCGAAUUGGGUUUGCCCUUAGGUGUCGAUGAUAGCAAGUUGCUCUAG